AUGGUUGAGGAUCGUGAUGUUUCGGACCAUUGUCCGGUUUGGUUGAUUUGUGAUAAAGCUAAUUGGGGUCCUAAACCGUUCAAAGUUAAUAUAGAAUGGUUUUCAAACAAGGAUUUCCUUCCGUUUGUGAAGAAAGAAUGGAUCGCUUUUAAUGUUGAGGGAAGGGGCGAUAUUAUUCUUAAAGAGAAACUAAGAAUGCUUAAAGAUAAGUUGAGAUGGUGGAACUUUAAUGUUUUUGGCAUGUACGAUUUGGCGGUGGAGGAGAAUGUGCGCAUUUUGAAUGAAGGAGAUGUGGAUAUGGAGGAAGAUGAUGUAGAGGAUUCUUUUGAGAUGAUAGAAAGGAAGAAAAGGGCAUCUAAAGACUUUUGGUUGAAUUUGAAAAUUAAAGAAAAUAUGUUAAUUCAAAAGUCUAGGUUGAAGUGGUUAAAUGAUGGAGAUACUAAUAGUAAGUUUUUUCAUGGGGUGAUGAAAGCUAGAAGGACCCGAAAUUUUAUUGGCUCGCUUGUGAAAGGAGGUGAAAUUAUUAACUCGGUGGCGGAAAUAAAGGAAGAAGUGAAGAAUCAUUUUGAGAAGAAAUUUGUUGAGGAUCGGAGGAUGAGGCCGGUUUUAGAUGGUAUUUCUUUUGAGACUUUAGAAGAGGAGGAUAAAGUUUUUCUUAAGAAACCUUUUAAGGAAUUCGAAAUAAAGGCGGCUAUUUGGGAUUGUGAUGGGUUGAAAAGUCCGGGGCCUGAUGGAUACUCUUUCUUUUUCAUUAAGAGGUGUUGGGAUUUUAUGAAAGUGGAAUUCAUCAAUUGUUUCAAGUGCUUCCAUAGGGAAGCUUUGUUAUCUAAAUCGAUCACUUCUUCUUUCCUUACAUUGAUUCCGAAAUCUUCUAACCCUUUGAGUUUGGAUGAGUAUAGACCAAUUUGUUUGGUUGGGUGCAUUUACAAAGCAAUAUCCAAACUUUUGGCGUCGAGAUUGAAGAAGGUUUUAGGGACUACUAUUUCUAAGUGUCAAAGCGCUUUUGUUCCGGGUAGGCAACUUUUAGAUGGAGUUAUGGUUGCGAAUGAAGUGGUGGAUUUUGCGAAGAGAGAAGGAAUUGGGUGUUUACUUUUUAAAGUUGAUUUUGAGAAAGCAUAUGAUAAAGUGUCUUGGGAUUUUCUUAGAUAUUUGUUAAGAAGAAUGGGUUUUGGGGAUACUUGGUUAAAAUGGAUGGAGGCGUUGAUUUUUUCAAGCAAGAUGUCGGUUCUAGAGAAUGGUAGUCCAACGAAGGAAUUCGAGGUGAGAAAAGGGUUGAGACAAGGUAAUCCUAUUUCGCCUUUCCUCUUUGUUAUUGUUACGGAGGGAUUACGUCGUUUGGUGGCUAAGGCGGUGGAGACGGGGGAUUAUGUUGGUUUCAAUUUGAGGAGAUCUUGCUCGGUGGAUAUUCAUCAAUUCACCGAUGAUACUCUUCAUUUAGGGGAGGGGACAUGGAAGCAAAUAUGGACGAUCAAGGCAAUUUUGAGAGGAGGGAGGAUAGCAACUUCACUUUCCUUGGUAUCCCAAUCGGAAUCAAUUCGAGGAGAAUUGCUUCAUGGAGCGGAAUUAUUAGCAAGAUCAAGUCAAGGCUUUUGGAUUGGAAAGCUCGCUUUUUAUCUUUCUGAGGCUCCAAAGAAAAUUAUUAAGAAAAUAAAAAGGUUGCAAAGUAGGUUUCUUUGGGGAGGUGGGAGUGAUAAUAAGAAAAUUAAUUGGGUGAGUUGGAAGAGUUGUUGCUUACCCAUAGAUAAAGGUGGUCUUGGUUUAAGGCGUAUUAGGGAAUUUAACUUGGCUCUUCUUCAAAAGUGGAGGUGGAGGAUUAUGGGAGGAUCGGAGGAGUUAUGGUAUGGUGUUUUGAAAACAAGGUACGGAGAUAUUAAUCUUCAAGUGGUGAAAGUGGCAAAGUCGGAUAAUAAUAAGAGUUCAAAAUCCUUAUGGUGGAGGGAUAUUUUGGAGUUAGAACAUGAAUUCAAAGAGAGUGUUUUUGUUAAUUUGUGUAGGUUCAAGGUGGGAGAUGGAUUUCACAUUUCUUUUUGGCAUUCUUGUUGGUUAAAUGAUUGUUCUUUAAAGGAAGCUUUUUCGGUAGCUUAUUUAUGUUCGGAGUUGAAAUUUGUUUCUAUUGCUUGUAUGGGUGGAUGGAAGAAUAAUGUGUGGAAGUGGGGAGAUUUUGGGGUUAGGAGAGGAGAUUUUCCGGGUUUGGAGGAAGAGAUACGGCGGCUUUUAUUGGUGAUGGAAGGGGCACGGUUGGAUUGGGGUAAAAGGGGGGAGAGGGAUACGGUGCGGUGGGAGGGAGAACCGGAAGGCAUUUUUUCGGUUAGAAGUUGUUACGGUGGGUAUGAAAAAUAUCACAUUCCAUUUGGCCCAAGGGUGGAAAAUUCGGAAGCUCUAACUCUUCUUUGGCACAAUUUGGUUCCUCAAAAAAUAAAAAGUUUUGGAUGGAGGUGUUUUCUUAAUAGAUUGCCAAUCAAGGAUCUUCUUGCUCGUAGAGGUAUUUCUCUCUCAAACUCAACUUUGUGUGUUCUUUGUGAGAAUAAUCAAGAAUCUUUGCUUCAUCUUCUUCUUUCUUGUCGGGCGUCUUAUUUAAUUUGGAGGGAUAUGGCCACUUGGAUUGGUUUCGAUAUAGGAGAGGAGGUUUCUUUGAUUGAGAGCUACAUGAGAUGGUAUAGAUUUUGCAAAUCAAAUAGGGUGAAAAAAGGAAGAGAAGGUGUUAUGUGGUUGGCAAUUGUGUGGUCGAUAUGGAAUGUUAGGAAUAGCAUCAUUUUUAGAGGAGAGGAUUGGAAUAUUCUCGAUACGGUUUGGAACAUUAAGAUCCUUUUGUGGCGGUGGUCUUUUAUUGAGCUCAUCAAAAAGAAAGAAGGAUUUAUGAAAUUAAUUGAAGCAGUAGAAGAUGGCAGGAAAUUGGAACAACGAACCCUUGAGCAAGUUGCUAUGGACAAACUUGUUGAGUUGGCUUAUAAGAAGAAGCUGUGGCCAAAUUGA